AUGUCUCCGGUCGACGACUACUACCCCAUAGAGUGCGCCUUUUGCAAAAUCAGCGCCGCCUACCAACCCUCGUCCUCAUCGCCAGUACCAAUCUCGCCCGACCCGGACCUUGUUUCGCCGCAAUGUCACUUAAUCCUCUCGACACCACUCGUGCUCGCCUUCCUCGACAUCAUGCCCAUUGCCCGAGGACAUAUCCUCAUUACGACUCGGAAACACUACACCAAACUCUCGGACCUACAAGCCUCUUCGAAACACGGCGAUUGGCUGAGCAAGCAGUCGGCGAACGAGGUGCGAGCGACGUCGCGUGCCUUGGGAGAGUGGAUGCCGGUGGUGUCAAGGGCGCUGUGUAAGGUCACUGGCAUUGAGGAUUGGAAUGUGGUGCAGAAUAACGGAGAACGAGCGGCGCAGGUGGUGCCGCAUAUACAUUUUCACCUGAUACUAGAAGGCCAGAGGACCGCGCGCAAGGAUCAUGGCAUGUUGAAGAGCUGGAAGGUUUUCGGGCGAGGGUCGAGAGAGGAUUUGGAUGACGAAGAGGGCGCCGAGCUCGCUGGACUAUUAAGAGCUGCGAUCAAGGAAGAAGUGGAGGAGCAAGACUCGGCCGAGAAGGACAAACCGAAGCUAUGA